AUGCCACAAUCCAAAAAUGCAAAGGCAAUAGGUAUGUGUGGUAUACCAAGUGUCUCUCAUGAUGACCUCUUUGCUUUCCACGAAGCCCACUUCUCACAAGCAGCCCUCGCUUCCUUUGGAUCCGACUUCAUUGAGACACCAAGCCAAGAUCACAUUCAAGAUGACGCCACUAGCGAUGCUUGGGAAGAAGAAGAUGAUGGCUUAGGCUAUUAUCCGGAUGGUGUGAAAAGAACUUUGACGGACGAGCAAAUCGAAAUAUUUCGACACUCUGAACUUGAAGCUCUACGCAAAGAGAAGGAGAAGGCCGAACAGCUCAAGAGAAAGGCAGACACAAUGACGGGCGAGCCUGUAGACCCGGGUGACAAUAUCGCUGCUCCCCCACAAACCGCAAACGUGUUGCCAACAUCCUUCCACAGCAAUAAGAAGCGAAAGAAGAAGAAGGCAGCUAAACGUCCCGAACCGAAACCUGACCUUCGAAAACGAACAUGGGAUAUUGUUGACAAAGGCCUGGACUCGCUUGAGUAUGACUAA